AUGGGUGCAGUGGGCGAGGUUGUGGGCAGCUUUUCGCACGGCCUGGAGAGCUUCGGACACGGAUCUCAUUUUGUCCUGACGCCCGCGGGGGACUCUCCCACCCUUAUGAACGAGCACCUGGUCUCCGCCGAGAGACUGUCACGGAGCACUUCCGCCGAUCUAACGCAUCUGAAGGGGAUCCUCCGACGGAGGCAGCUCUACUGCAGGACUGGGUUUCACCUCGAAAUUUUACCGGACGGCACCGUACAGGGGACGAGAAAAGACCACAGCAGAUUUGGUAUACUGGAAUUUAUCAGCUUAGCCGUGGGGAUGGUCAGCAUUCGAGGUGUCGACAGUGGUCUUUACCUGGCAAUGAACAGCAAGGGCGAACUCUACGGCUCUGAGAAGCUAACCUCAGAGUGCGUCUUUAGGGAGCAGUUUGAGGAGAACUGGUACAACACGUACUCCUCCAACCUCUACAGGCAUGGUGAUCGGGGAGCACACUACUUUGUAGCCCUCAAUAAAGAUGGCACAUCGAGAGAUGGCGCUCGCUCCCGACGACACCAGCGUUUUACCCACUUCUUACCGAGGCCUGUGGACCCGGAAAGGGUUCCUGAACUUUAUAAAGAGGUUCUGGGUCACAGCUGA